AUGUCCCCCAAACGAAGCAAGUCGGGAACAAAGCCAUUCCAUCUGGCCCCAUAUAUCUUUGGCAUCCAAACUGUUCCUCUCCUAGCCAGCGGGGUCUACAGCCUGUUAUUUCCUGCAGCUGCAGCCGGUCUUCCAGACUCACCUUUGCAGGGGACAUUUUACGCCAUCGCGUCAUACCAGAACAAUGUCCCUAUGAUGAUUGCCGCCGUUCCUGGUCGGCUGUUGGCUAUGUUUGUCUUUCAUCGCAGUGGUGGUGGAUGGAAGACGGUUGCACCAUUCGAAGGGUUCAUGAGCCUACUAACUGCUCUAGGGCUUUGGUGGGACUGGCAUACGGCCAGUUUGACAGAUGAGAAGCCAAAGUGA